GCCUCCACCCACCACCACCUCCCAUUCUCUCCUCGACGACUAAUUCCAAAGAAACAAUGAAGGGAGCGUCUGGCUUCUCCCUGCCCGUAGCCGUCGUCAUUUUAGCCAUUAUCUACAUUUACUUCUCCACCCUCUUUGUUUUCAUCGACGGUUGGUUUGGUCUCCUGACCUCGCCGGGGAUCAUGAACGCCAUCGUUUUCACAGCCGUGGCUUUUAUGUGUGUUCUAAACUAUGCUUUCGCUAUCUUAACGGAUCCGGGUCGGGUCCCCGCCACAUACAUGCCCGACGUAGAAGAUGCUGAUUCCCCUAUCCAUGAGAUCAAACGCAAAGGUGGAGACUUGAGAUAUUGCCAGAAGUGUUCUCACUUUAAACCGCCCCGAGCUCAUCACUGCCGUGUUUGCAAAAGAUGUGUGUUGCGAAUGGACCACCACUGCGUCUGGAUAAAUAACUGCGUAGGCCAUGCGAACUAUAAGGUCUUCUUCGUGUUCGUUGUGUAUGCUGUAAUUUCUUGCUUCUACUCCCUGGUCUUGCUUGUUGGUAGUCUAACUGUUGAGCCUGACCCUCAAAAGGAUGAGCAGCAAAGUGGUGGCUCUUUCAGAAGCAUAUAUGUUAUUUCUGGACUGUUGUUGAUCCCCUUAAGUAUAGCACUUGGCGUUCUCUUGGGUUGGCAUAUCUACCUCAUUUUGCAAAACAAAACUACCAUUGAGUAUCAUGAAGGAGUAAGAGCUAUGUGGCUUGCAGAGAAAGGAGGAGAUGUCUAUAAGCAUCCAUAUGAUAUUGGAGCAUUUGAAAAUCUGACAAUAGUACUGGGUCCAAGAAUUUUCUGUUGGUUUUGUCCCACAGUAAGACAUAUUGGUUCAGGUCUUCGCUUUCGAACUGCAUAUGAUAACUCUACUAUUGCAACCACAUCCAAGUAAAGCUUCAUUCUGCUUUGUAGCGUAAAUGCAUCAGGAAUAGAUGGAUGCAGAACAUGUUAACUGUUGAAUGGUGGAUUCCCACCAGCGCAUAGACGAUAUUCGGCAAUGUGUCCCACCAUUAGGCUUAACUUGGCUUAGUUUUGGAAGGGAAAAAGUAUACUUUAACAGAAGCCGGUGUCAAUGAAAAGCUUUACUGCAGUUCAGGUGAUAUAAGGGUGCAAAGAGCAUUGUCAAUAGUUGAAGCCAGUAGGACUGUGAACUGUGAAUUAUAAGUAGGCAUGGGAAAGGUUUUUUUUCUUUAUCUUUUUCUUUUUCUUUUUCCUACAUUUUACCUUUCAGUUUUCCUGUGGGAACUUUUUGGACAAUGGAGGGAAUCCUGUGGAGCUGACAUACAACUGUGCAGUUAACACCUUGUGUAUAAAGAGGGAAUUGGAAUUCCUGCUUAGGGAUGACAGCAUGUAGAAGAGGCGAUGAGAGAGAGCCUGUAAGACAAAGACAAGCGGAUCAUCGUUGUAACAUAGAACUCAUGUAAUCUUUGUAACAUUAAACAUUAAAUAAUAAAUCAAAGUUGUUAAAAUGUUUCAUUUCCAA